GUUCCACAGUUUGAAUUGUGUCUAUAACAGUGUGUACUGUAAAAUACGAGCAAUGCUGUAAUUAUGGCUAAUUAUUAUGUCUUCAAUUGUGUAGCGUGUUACUGUUUGUGUACCGUGUUACAGUUUUACAGCUAUAUUCUGAAAUGGGUACCGGAAGCCAGUUCUUCAUUAUCCUUGGUCUGGGAUUUCUUUCCUGUAUCUGCAAUGUGAAUGCUCAGUAUUAUCGCUACUAUACAGAUUUGGAAAAGACAUGCAAUCAGAGCGUGGAAUUAGAGUGUCCGUUUUCGUUCACUGGACGAGCCGGAACAUUCCACUAUGACUACAUAUCCGACCUGUCCCCGGGACUUUGCUACUUUAAUGUGACACUGCCACCUGACUGCGGGGCAUCGAGCGACUUUUUCGCCGUCUAUUUCAACAUCCGGAAGUUUCUUCUACCGUCCACCGACCGUUUUCGAAUCUAUCAAACUAACCGACUGGCACCGCGCAUCCUUCUCAAAGAGUUGAACGGUUCCCACUCCGCGCGGUCCAAUCCUGCGUCGGUCGCGCAAGCUCUGACAUCCUACGUUAAACAACCCUCCUUUACUUUCGAAUAUUUCCGCGGCACAUCACCCUCUACGGAGUCGCAUCAGGCCAACAUCGAUUUUAUUAUUGUUGAUAAGAGUACGGAUGUAUUGAGUGCGUCCUGCACUGCUUUGUCGGGGUUUGUGGACGAUUAUUUCAUCUGUCACACAGACGGCAUCAAUGAUCGCGUCAACUGUCCGGACAGCUUCACUGCCGACGUGUAUGCAGUGAAUCCAGCCUUGAAAAGGCAAACAUGCAUUUUCAAGUCCCAGCCGAGUUUCGCGAACCAUCAACCAAUAGAUGAUUAUCUGAACGCCCAAGACGCACCAGGCUUGAGCUCCGGUGCCAUUGCGGGAAUCGUCUGUGGAUGUGUUUUAUUUGUUGCCAUAAUCGUUACGGCAGUUUUCAUGGUUCGCUCUGCCCGGCGACGAACCUUACCCAGCCUACCCAUCGUUCUGCCAUCAACAAGCGGCGACGUCCAACUAGAGCCACUACUAGCUGUGCCGCCGGAUGCCACAAGUUGGCAGGCGGUGCUCGAUGAUGCUGUACAGGACCAGCAACAUGUUGCAUCCCCUCCGCCCAUUUUGGAAGUACCGCCUUCGCAUUCACAAGCCAAUACAGCACCAGUCGCCAUUACCCUGUCGAACCCGCCAUCCGAUACAUGAUGAAUGAAGCUGGAAAAUUCUUCAACAAUCUUGAUUAUGUCCACGUGCGAGGCAAUUUCUCAAAUUCUAACAAAAGCCCUUAAGAUUGGACGUUUUCGAAUCAUUGAAUGGAUGUAAAAUACUGCGCAGGUCGACGGGGCCGUGUUGAAGUAGUAUUAAGGUCACACUGACUUUCGUUUUUUGAUUUCGUCAUCCUGUUAACCGUUUUUCGUUUCGUUGGCUGACAUUUUUGGAUUCUGUUUUUUUCGUUUUUUAGAUUUUUUGGAUUGGUUGGCAUUUUUUUUCGUUGGUUGGUUUUUGAAGUUUGACUGCUCUU